AUAUACAAGUUCAACAAUGCCAAGCCUAUACACAAUUACAAUAUUUCUGACAUGUGUGUGCCUAUUUCCUAACAUGGCAGCUGCACUAAAGGCCCUCAACUGCACACGACCCACUGUAUUCAACAGAAUAGCCUCUAUAAAUUGUUCAUCAGAAGCUGUAGACAAAAUGAAGGAUUGCAAAUUUCACAUUAACACUUCUGACCGGGCAGUUAUUGUGGAUGCUACCGACAUCCACUCAACUCCUGUGAAUGGAUUGUUCCAGAACAACUGUAGCCUCCAAAUUCCACUUUUGAAUCUAGGCCCUGGUCAGCACCAGAUUUUAGCCAGAAUGACCCUUGAUACAGCAGCGGGAGAAAAGGUGGACAUCAGCCCUUCUUUUGAGAUUAAUCUAAACUCUUCCCUAGAAAAAGUUUACUGCGAUUCAUUCUUUUAUGAUGACAAGCAGGAGAUAAUUACGUGCAGCGCUGAUAUGGUUUAUUUAAAUAUCAGCUGUGAUUUUAAUAUCACACUAGAGGGUGUUGAGAUGCAUGCCCCGGGCACUGUGUCCUACAUUAGUGAACCAAUAGAAUACAACAAACACGUCUACAAGGACAGGUGCAUGCUGACUGUUCCGUUUGAAAACUUAACUGCAGGAUGGCAUUCGUAUUCUGUAAACAUGGAACUGGUUAAUGGCUCAGAUGUCAUUCAAGUUGAAAACAGCUCAUUUGCAGGCAUAAAAUAUACGUUGCCAUCAGCAGACUUGAGCCCUUCCUGUAAAUCACAGGGCUCUAAACUCAUGUAUCCUGGAGAAACUAGGACCUGCACCUGCAACAUGACCAAACAAGCCAAUGAAGGCUAUGCUGGCUGGUACUUCAAUGGACAGGUCAAUGUCAUCACAAACUUGACAAAACCUGUUCCUGGAACUCGGAAUACAAUACUGAAUGUUUCAUACGACGAUGUCGACAAACAUCAAAUAUUUUUCUGUGCACCUGUGACUCGCUUGGGCGGAACAAGAACGUUUAUAUCAUAUUUCCCUCAUUUGGCAAGGCCACCAAAAAUAACGAACUUCACUGUCAAUGGCACAAACACAGAUCUUGUGGUAGACCUGAACUCAACGCUUGUAUUUAACUGCUCUGCUAAAGGAGAUCCAGAACCUGGAUUAGCAAUGUUGCAAAAUGGUGAACAGCGUGAUUACAACUUAUAUGACCGACUAAUCACAAUUAUGCCAAUGACAGACUGCAGAAAAGCUGGACAGUAUUCAUGUCAAGCUACUAGCCAAGGCUUUUCAGUGGCUGACACCAAAUACAUUAAUGUGUACAUUCGAUGUCCCCAAGAGAUCUAUGCCCACAAUACACCUGCCAAGUAUAGUGUGAUAAUGGGCACUAGGGCUGUGGUCAACAUCCAACUGAUUGGCUACCCAGCACCCACCAAGCUAAAGCUGGAAAAACAAAGUGAUGUCAACAUGACAGACUUUACAGUGGUAUACAGCAACACUACUGGCCCCAUAGGGAAUGUCAUUGUUGAGUUCACUAAAGCUGAAGAGAAACACUUAGGCUGGUACAAACUUGUUGUUGGAAAUGGAGUUGGUGAAGACCUCGGCUACAAUUUCAAUAUUGUCAAAGGUUCCUCCAACAAGCUGAUGUCUUCUUACGGUGUCUUGGCAAUGUUCAUGUGGGCUCUAAUGUGGAACUUUGCUUGAAAUUGAC